CGAGUGCGCACGAAGCCACAAGUUAUGGCGCUAGAGUGAGACCAUGUCUGCUUGUGUGCGGCGAUUGUUUGGAUUGAUAAUGCACUUAAAUGUAGGACAUGUAAUGCAUGCAUCUUCUCCAUGACAUAGGAAGGUUUUUAUCUUCCCCGACAUGCUUUUUUGUUUUGGCCUGUUUGCUCUUCUAUUAUAUAAUACAGUCGUAGCUAACGCAGUCUGCAGCUUCACAUACUCUAAGAGAGAGAAGAUUGAUGUGGUGUCCUUAGACUACCAGAAGAAAGGUUAUGACAAGUGUGAAUAUCUGAUCAAGGCUCCUCCCGACAGUAACAUCAUUGCCCUCAACUUCACGGACCUAGUGGGAUUCCAAUCCAUUGUCAGUGGGACAGUGUCACACGCUCAGCGUAAUCAAGUGGGAUCUGAUCCCGAGGAUCUGCUGCCCUGCUUACCCCCAGAACUGACCAUCAGUGACGAGACUCAAGGACACCAUGGUCUAGUCGGCAGCAGGAUUUGCAAAUCUCAGAAUUACCAAACCCCUCAUGUCUUUCAUUUUAAAUCCAAUGUGUUAAAAAUAAUAUAUGUCUGGGUAGAGGAUGAACAAAGUGGUUUCACAUUGGAUAUAAAUUUUCACCAGAGUUUCAAUAAUUGUGUAUUUACCUGUGAUGGAACCCGCUGUCUGGAAAACAAGAGCUUGAUUUGUGAUCAAGUAUAUCACUGCAAGGACAAGACAGAUGAGAACAACUGUCCCCAGUCUUCUGUAGGCACAGCGUCCACGACAGUAACUCGAGUUGUGGUCAUCAUUGUGACAAUUACUUUAAUGCCGGUAUUGGCCAUUUUGAUCUGUGUAGCAAGCCCGUGUAAAUCGACUCGUCGCAUGUUGCGCCGGUGGACGAAUCGCGACCAUGGGGAUGUGGAAAACCGACAGUUGAGGCCCCGAUCCCAAGUAUCAGAGGGUGGUUUUGGUGGAGCAGCAACAUCUACUUCCUGUGUAUCAGCCAGUCAAGAAUUUUCGGAUCCUCAAGAAGCAUUGCUCCGUGAACGACAAACACAAAAACAUUCAAUGCAAGCUGACAUGACUAUUAGUUUACCGCCACAAAUACCCAUCUCACAAGAUGGGGAGGAAGGGUAUCAACAGAGUCAGAAGACUUUAAAAUAUCUCCGUAAAUCAGACGGCUACCAACAUUGCUUUAGACCCCCACCCAACAGGACUGUGCAUGAUAAAGAGAGCCCGCCUCCCUAUUAUUCUCAUUCUGCCUCUGCCAUUGAUAAAGUCGGCCAUUCUCCACUGAAAGUUGGGGGAAGUCCAAACAGCCGAACAACGUCCAGCGACAUGUUGUCUCGGUCGUACACUAUGGAUGCGGCAAAAUCGGUUGUGGUUUCGGUUUGUUUGCUGGGAGCUGUUUUGUCCCAGUCAAACUGGAUAUCACUCCAGGAGGCCAAGAAGUUGAAUGGUAAAGCAUGUUUCAAAAAAAUGUUCCCAGAGGAGAUCCGAGUGGGGUUUUUUUGCUCACUGAGAUUAAGUCACAGGGAGCUAUUAUGCUAUACCCUCGGUGUUGAUGUCAGCGUCGUGUCCAGACCUGACUGUGGUUCUUGCUGGGGAAUGGGGUCCACUAGUGCCCUGGCUGACAGAAUCAACAUCAAGCGGAAAGGGGCGUGGCCCUCCGCCUACCUCUCGGUGCAGCAUGUGAUAGACUGUGGGAAUGCUGGAAGCUGCGAGGGUGGUGAUGAUGUAGGAGUGUGGAAGUAUGCUCACUCCCACGGAAUCCCCGACGAAACCUGCAACAAUUAUCAGGCCAAAGAUCAAAAAUGUGAUACAUUCAACCAGUGUGGAACGUGUGUCACAUUCGGCAAGUGCUUCCAGCUGAGCAACUACACCUUGUGGAAAGUGUCAGACUACGGAACUGUGAAAGGCAGGGAUAAAAUGAUGGCAGAGAUUUAUAAAAAUGGGCCAAUCAGUUGUGGCAUUGAUGCAACAGAAAAACUAGAGGCAUAUCAAGGUGGAAUAUACACAGAAAAGAAAAUGCUCCCAGAGGUAAAUCAUAUUGUGUCAGUAGCUGGAUGGGGAGUGGAUCCAGCCACAAAAACCGAGUUUUGGAUCGUGAGAAACUCCUGGGGAGAUCCUUGGGGAGAGCAUGGAUGGUUGAGGAUUGUCACGAGUGCCUACAAUGGAGGGAAAGGCAAUGACUACAAUCUGGCCAUUGAGUCCAGGUGUGCCUAUGGAGAUCCCAUCAUUCCACCAGGAUAUUGAACCAGCAGAAAAACUUUCUCAAUUAUCUCUCAACAAAGAAGAUGACUUGCAAUUUUAUCUCACUAUUUGUCUAAUUUCUAGUUUUUGUACUUUGCUAUUUUUCUGUACUUACAAAAUCUGAUAAUUUAUACUGGUACAUUUUGAUUUUUGGAUUAUGGAUGUAACAUGUAUAUGGUGAAUUUGUUUUAGUCUACAUCCAUGGAAAAAAAAAGCAUAAAUGAAGUUAUAGUAAUGCUUUUCAUGGUACAUGUACUCUUUUGUUUUUGUUUCAUUACACGGUUGUACACAUGCUAGAUGCUUUUUAGUACACAGUUUGUGAUGUAGAUCAUACCGGUUUACUCCAUGGUAAGGUGAAGAUUGUUAACCAGAAAUUUAUUUUCAAACUUUUGUCUGAUCAUUGCAAAAUGAAAAAUUAUUGGUAAAUUGUAAAAAGUAUUUUAUAUACUGGUAUAUGUAAAAGUUAAAAAUAAAGUUGGUAUUUUUCAA